AUGACAGAAUUAUUUUCUCCUGAAAUUCUCUCGGAAAUCUUCGAAUUUCUUUAUGUGUCAGAUCAUCAUCAAAGUAAUCUUUUUAAUUGUGUUUUAGUUAAUAGGUAUUGGUGUAGAACAGCAAUUCCAGUUCUUUGGUCAGAUCCAUUUAGAUUUUUUGUUUACGAAAUGCCAGAUGGAUUAAUUACCAUUUAUAUCGCUUGCUUAACUAAGAGAGAGAGGCGUAAUCUUAAAAGUCAAGGAAUUGAAGUUCCAAUGAAGGUCAAAUCAACAUCAUUUGAUUAUAUUUCUUUUCUCAAGAAUUUAAAUUAUUAUGGUCUUAUAUCAUCUUUAUUUCAUUUCGGAAGUAAUGGGAUCUAUAAGAAAAAUGACUCGUUUGGUAUAAUGUUGCCAGCUUUACUUGAAAUUCUUGCAAAUAGAGACUUUAUUUUACAAUCGUUGGAACUUGAGAAUUAUGAUCGACGUGGUGAUUGGGAUAAUGAAUACAUGCAUCUCGUAAAUCCAAACGUUCAUUCUUUGGUAAAGCCAGUAAAGAAAAUGUAUUUAGAUUGCAAAGUGUUAAAUCCAAAAUUCUUACCAUUACUUAGUGGACAAUGUCAAAGCGUUCGACAUUUGCAUAUAUAUUUGCAGUUUCAGAAUUCUAAAAAAGGUAGCAUAAUUUGUGAAAGAGAUGCAACAGAUUAUGCCGAUUUGAUUGAACGGCAAGAAUCAUUAGAAGUCUUAAUAAUUACAAAUUUUGAAUGUGAAUCUCUGGAGGGAUUAGCCAACUGUGAAAAUUUACAAAGUCUGAUUUUUAGGAAAUGUGAUAAUUUGACAGAUGAAAAAUUCAGGGCUUUAUUUAAUGCAAAGUUACCAAAACUUCAAGAAGUUUCUUUGGAACAUUCUAAAAAAGACGAAGGAAUUGAAAUAUGGUUACAAAGCUUUAUACAAGAAAGCAAUUAG